GCUGUUUUCUCCGGGCUCGCCGCCAGCUCCGUCCCCGGCCCGGGCCAGGAGGGCGCCCGCAGGCCCCGGGCGCCGGGGCGGACGCGAGACGCGGCUCCCACUCUGCCCGGGCCCGGCCGGCGGCGGGGCCCGAGAGCCGGCGCAGCGCCCCCACCGCCCGGCCGCCGCCGCCUCCCCCGCCGCAACCGGUUCAGACUGGCCGGAGUGGCCGGCCAAGAGGAGGGAGGAUCCCCCCGGAGGAACUCACUGCUCUGGGGGGCCGGGGGCGGGGGAGGAGAAGGUGGAGCGGCGCGUAGCGGGACUCGUUGGCCAACAUUCGGCGGCGAGCGGCGGCCGCGCUCAAAUAGCCGCUUGCCCCGGGCGGCGGCGGACCCGGCGCCCGCGGUUCCCCCCGCGCCCGCCGCUGCGCCCCGGAGACCCCGCCGAGGCCGGCGACUCAGGACCUACAGAGAAGCAUCUCCUUGAUUUCACCUUACAAUGGAAUUUAAGAAGUCACCUGAUGGUGGAUGGGGCUGGGUGAUCGUGCUAGUCUCCUUCUUUACUCAGUUUUUAUGCUAUGGAUCUCCAUUAGCUGUUGGUGUCUUGUACAUAGAAUGGCUCGACGCCUUCGGUGAAGGUAAAGGGAAGACAGCGUGGGUCGGAUCCCUUGCAAGUGGAGUCGGCUUGCUUGCAAGUCCUAUCUGCAGCCUCUGUGUCUCAUCUUUUGGAGCAAGACCUGUGACGAUCUUCAGUGGUUUCAUGGUGGCUGGUGGGCUGAUGUUGAGCAGUUUUGCCCCCAAUAUCUACUUUCUAUUUUUUUCCUAUGGCAUUGUUGUUGGUCUUGGAUGUGGUUUAUUAUACACAGCAACAGUGACUAUUACCUGCCAGUAUUUUGACAGCCGCAGAGGUCUUGCACUUGGAUUAAUUUCAACAGGUUCAAGUGUUGGACUUUUUAUCUAUGCCGCUCUGCAGAGGCUACUGAUUGAGUUCUAUGGACUGGAUGGAUGCCUGCUGAUUGUGGGGGCAUUAGCUUUAAAUAUUUUAGCUUGUGGCAGUCUAAUGAGGCCCCUUCAGACCUCUGAUUGUCCUUUGCCUGAAAAAUCAGUUCUGGAAAACGUACCAGAUAGAUAUGCCAUGUACAGCGAGAAGGAAAAGAACCUGGAAGAGAACAUAAAUAUCCUAGAAAAGAGGUAUUUCAGUGAGGAAAUGUGCAAGAACUCAUUGGCCUCUGGUGACUGGAAACAAGAAAAUGCCCUUCAUGAAAAGCCAGCUAUGGCACACACAAAAGAGACUGAAACAUACAAAAAGAAAGUUGCAGAACAGACAUAUUUUUGCAAACAGCUUGCCAAGAGGAAAUGGCAGUUAUAUAAGAAUUACUGUGGAGAAACUGUGGCUCUUUUUAAAAACAAAGUAUUUUCAGCACUCUUCAUUGCUAUCUUUCUUUUUGACAUUGGAGGCUUUCCACCUUCAUUACUUAUGGAAGAUGUGGCAAGAAGUUCAAAUGUGAACGAAGAGGAGUUUAUUGUGCCUCUUAUUUCCAUUAUUGGCAUUAUGACAGCAGUUGGUAAACUACUUUUAGGGAUCCUGGCUGAUUUCAAGUGGAUUAAUACCUUAUAUCUUUAUGUAGCUACUUUACUCAUUAUGGGCCUGGCCUUGUGUGCAAUUCCAUUUGCAAAAACUUACGUCACCUUGGCAAUUCUUUCUGCGACCCUAGGGUUUCUGACUGGUAAUUGGUCUAUUUUCCCAUAUGUAACCACCAAGACUGUGGGAAUUGAAAAAUUGGCUCAUGCUUAUGGAAUAUUAAUGUUCUUUGCUGGACUUGGAAAUAGCCUUGGCCCACCAAUUGUUGGUUGGUUUUAUGAUUGGACCCAGACCUAUGACAUUGCGUUUUAUUUUAGUGGCUUCUGUGUCCUCCUUGGAGGUUUAAUUUUGCUGCUCACAGCUCUGCCCCCCUGGAAUGCAUGCAACAAACAACUCCCCAAGGCAGCUCAAACAGUCUUUUUGUAUAAAGUUGCCUCUAAUGUUUAGAGAAAUGUUGGAAGGCAUUACUACACUGUUUUUACAUAGAAAAAUUUCACUAUGGCUGACUCUGAAUGAAUUGCUUUAGCAUACUCUAUUCUCUGUGCACUGUAUAUAUAUGUAGCCUCUAUCUCAUGCAUUUCUGUAUGAAAUUUAUCUCUUGUUUUUUUAAAAAAGAAAUGGUUCUAUUAUGUUUUACAAAUAUUCAUGAGUUUUUGACGUUGUAAGUUUUGGCCAGCCUCUAAAGCUUUUUUUUUCUGUGUAAACAUUAAAAAAAUAUAAUAUCUCUGCAAAUUCCUACAGUUCCAUUGCCAAGCACCUAGAGGGAACUCUUCGGUUUUAAAAUUGAAGAAAGCUGCAUGAUGAGAUCUAUUAACGAGUCUCUUCUCUAUUAGGUAUACUAGUAAACAGAAGACUUCAAACCUGUUAGGAAGUGAAAGUGGUCCUGAAACAGCAUUAGGAAUUGCAGUGUAGGGCCAUAGAGAUAGCAGAGCAGGUAAGGUGCUUGCCUUGCAUGUCCUUUACUUGGGUUUGAUCCCUGAUGCUGCAUACAGGACUCUAAGCACAAGUAGGAGUGAUCUCUGAGCACAGAACCAGGAGUAAACUCCAAGUAUUGUCUGAUGCGGCCCAAAAUAAAGAAGAAAAACACAAAACAAAAGAGAAUUGCAGUAGAGGGAGUUGACCAUUUUAAAAACAGGAUAUUGUUAAAUUCACCAAUGCUUAAAUCAUAUUUUAUUUGCUGUAAUGAAGCACCCAGGUGUUUGGUGCCCAGGGAACUUGCAUUGUUUCAGUUCCUGAAGCAUUUGUUGAAAUGUAGGCAAUUUCUAAAUAGAGGAAUAUUUACUAUAGCCCGCCUUCAUGGUUGGCUGCUAUAACCUUGCUCAUUUUUGUUUGUCAGCAUCUGCUGGGCUGAUAUCUCCCAGAAAAUGCUGAUUUUACCUGCAUCCAAGCUGAAAAUGCAUAUUAAACCAUUCUGUUCUGAUAAAUGGGAAACAUCCAUUUGCUUCAAUCACAGCGGGAAUGAAUUGCAAGUCCUUGCAUGUCUUCUCAGUGAAGCAUGCAUUUACUACUAUCAGAUUUUACCGUUCUCAAAUUUUAAUUCAAAGGCAGAACUUGAAAAGUGUGUCUGUGUGUGUGUGUGAGUGAGUGUGUGUGUGUGUGUGUGUUGUGCUAGUGUAUGUGGGACAUGGGAAGGGAAAGGAUAAUAAGAAGUUGAAACCCCCAUCCAAAUUCUAAAGUCUUAAGAAAAGUGUUCCAGGAGGGAAAUCCAUGUUUAAUAAAUUAACAUUCUUUUGAUUUUUAGAUUUUACUGUGUAUGAGAAUGUCUGUGAUCACUUAAAAAUAUAAUUGCCUAAAUCCCAUUCCCAGGUUUCGGACCAAGAAUCUUUAUUUUUAACAAACUCUUCCAGUGAUUAUGAUAACACAGCCUGAAUUGAGAAUAACUGUUACAAGAUUGGCCAUAGAAAAGAAUAUAUUCUCUUAAUGUAUAAAACAAACAAAAAACCAACUAAACACACACACAUGAUAAUUAGCGACUGAAGUAAGGGUUUUUAAAAAUAAGUAACCAGGCAUGGUUCUUUAAAUAAGAGACAGCCUUUUCAUCAUGCCAAAAUUCUAUUUUCAUUUCUUUUGAAAUAUAUGAUUAUUUUAUA